ACCAGGUCAUAAAAUUCCUUAAAAAAACAAUUCUAAAGAGUUUAGCUAAACAAAAACGUCUUUAAAAAUAUAAUUUACUAAUAAAUGUUAUAUCAUUCGGCAUUCUAAUUGAACAAUCACUACCGUACCUGCAUUAAAACAAAAUUAGAUAAUUAUAAUAUGCAGUAAACUACCAAAUAAUAGUACAAAAUGACUUCAAUAAUUAAAUUACAUUGCUUAUCUGGUGCUGGUGAGGAAACUCCUCCGUGCUAUGUGCUCCAAAUAGAUGAAUUCAAAUUCCUCCUGGAUUGCGGAUGGGACGAGAAAUUCGAUAUGGUUUUCAUUAAAGAACUUAAAAGACAUGUAAAUUCAAUAGAUGCUGUACUAAUAUCACACUCGGAUCCUCUACAUUUAGGAGCUCUUCCAUAUGCAGUUGGAAAACUCGGUCUUAGCUGUCCAAUAUAUGCAACUCUACCGGUAUACAAAAUGGGGCAGAUGUUCAUGUACGAUUUAUACCAAGCCCAUAAGAAUGUGUCCGAGUUCGAUUUGUUCACACUGGAUGAUGUUGAUAUGGCUUUUGACAGAAUCGUACAGUUGAAAUACAAUCAGAGCAUUGAAAUGAAAGGAAAAGGUCUAGGUCUCCGCAUUACACCACUCCCAGCUGGCCAUUCCCUUGGUGGAACAAUAUGGCGCAUAUCCGCCCCCGGCGAGGAAGAUAUUGUUUACGCGCCUGACUUCAACCACAAGAAAGAGAGACAUCUGAAUGGAUGUGACAUCGAAAGACUGAUGAGACCCUCUCUGAUGCUGUUGGGAGCUAUGAAUGCUGAUUACGUGCAACAGAGGAGAAGACUGAGAGAUGAAAAAUUGAUGACAACAAUUCUUACAACGCUGCGAGGAGGCGGUUGCGUUUUGGUAUGCACAGACACAGCCGGUCGAGUCCUAGAAUUGGCCCACAUGCUGGACCAACUGUGGAGGAACAAGGAUUCCGGGCUCGUGGCCUAUUCGUUACUUCUCCUGUCCAACGUCAGUUACAAUGUCGUAGAGUUCGCUAAAUCUCAGAUAGAGUGGAUGAGCGACAAACUGACGAGGGCGUUUGAAGGGGCUCGCAGUAAUCCCUUUGCUUUGAGACACGUGCAGCUGUGUCACUCGGCCGGUGACGUCACUAGGACCCCGGGACCGAAGGUCGUCCUGGCCUCGUUCCCGGACCUGGAGGCGGGCUUCGCCAGAGACCUGUUCCUCCAGUGGGCCCCACACUCCCACAACUCGAUCGUGCUGACGGCCAGAACAUCCCCCGGCACACUGGCAAGAGAUCUGAUAGACAACGGGGGGGACCGCGUCAUCGAGCUGGUGGUUCGACGGAGGGUGAAGCUGGAGGGCGCCGAGCUCGAGGAGUUCCUGCAGCAGCAGAGAAUGAACGUCACCAAUACCGUGAGGGAGGAGGUGGCCGGCAUCUCGUCGGACUCUGACUCCGAAGACGAGCUGGAGAUGUGCGUGGUGACCGGGAGACACGACAUCCCCGUGCGCCUGGAGACCAGGCUGGGCGGCUGCUUCAAGUCCAACAAGCGGCACCACGCCAUCUACCCCUUCCACGAGGAGCGGACCAGGGCUGAUGACUACGGAGAGAUCAUUAAGCCAGAAGAUUACAGACUUGCCGAGAUAGUGGACGCCGAAGGGGAGAUCCGGGACGUGCCCCCCACUGCCCCCAUCAAACAGGAACAAGAUGAGGAAAUGUCGGAGGUCCCGAGCAAGUGCGUGUCCUCGGUGCGGCAGGUACACGUCAAGGCGCACGUCGAGUACAUCGAGCUGGAAGGGCGCUGCGAUGGGGAGUCCCUGCUCAGGGUCGUGUCGCAGACCAAGCCCUGGGCAGUGGUGGGGCUCCGGGCCAGCGAGGCGGCGCUGCACACCCUCAAAAAACAUUGUGAGUCUGAAGGAAUCGAAAAGGUGUUCUUACCGUCCGUUGGGGAAACCGUCGACGCCACGACAGAGUCACACAUCUAUCAGGUGAAACUGACGGACGGGCUGAUGCGGGGCCUGGUGUGGCGGCAGGCCGGGGACGCCGAGCUGGCCUGGCUGUCCGCCGUCGUGGCGCCGCGCACGCACGCCCGGGAGAGCGACGCCGCCCCCGAGGAGGGCGGCGGUGCGGUGUCGCUGGAGGCGGGUGCGGGGCGGCCGCGCGCGGCUGCGUUCGUGAACACGGUGCGGCUGCACGAGCUGCGCGCCGCCCUCGCCCGCGCCGGCCUGCAGCCCGACCUCGGCGCCGGCACGCUCACCUGCUGCUCCGGGACGCUCGCCGUGCGCAGGAUGGAAAACGGCCAAGUUUCUUUAGAAGGAGUCCUGUCUGAAGAGUAUUACAAAGUGCGAGAACUCUUGUACGAACAAUUCGCGAUAGUCUGAAUAUAUAGUAUAAAUCAAUUUUAAUGUCACAUACAUUUAUUUUGUAAAUAAAACAAUUUAGCAAAUAAUUUUCACUCAUAAACUUGUAUUUUUUUCCUCCUUAUAUUCGCAUUCUAGCAAUAUUUUUUUUUUUCUUUUGUUAUGCAAAAGGAAUUCAUACAAAUUGUAUCUUGUAAUAUAAGUGAUCGAACAAGGUUGUAAAUCUAUGUCUCAAGCUGGUUAGCUUAUACAUUCCGAAAUCUAACUUAUAAUUUAAUAGGUUUUACGAGAAUCGAGAUUGCGCAACAGAUAUACAGGGUGUUACGAAACGAUACUGUUUGAAAAAAUCAAAGUGUUCUAUAUUCAAAUGUAUAUAACGGCACUCAUUUUCUUAGCCGUUUAUGAUUCAAAAAAUAAUAGUUAUUAAAGGGAGGUCUGACACCUAAGACUGGAAAUAGUGAAGUUAGAGAAAAUGUAUAUUGUGUUAUCUGUGGAAGAUGCAAUGUAGUUCUCUAUUGCACAGAAUAAACAACAUUAAAUCUUAUUUUUUGGUUCGUGAUUUUGGCUGAUUGCCUUUUAGCAAUUAUUUGUUUAUUAGCUUAUUUCCGUUAAUUUGUUAUUAUUGUCUCGGACGACUCGCAGUGAGAGUGCUCUUAAACUCCACAACUAUACGACGUUGUAAAGAACGAAAAAAAAACCCAUCAGUUUCAUAUAUUUUUAUUUCACAUUAUUCCGUUACCGGUUCACAUACAAUAAUAACAUUAUGUAAAGAAAAAAAGUUUAGGUACAUUUUUUUUAUUUUCUUUUUGACAUUAUAAAUACGAAACUAAGACACAGGGCACUCGCUCUACAACUAACAUUUGAUCCGAGAUUACUCUUAAAUUGAAUGCUAAAAACAUAACAUAAAUUCAAUGUCAGUCAAAAUGGCUGCGGUCGAUCAUUGACAAGCAGAUUAGCUGCCCAAAAACGAACAUCGACGCUUUUCGAUUAAAACGUGCUCUACUCACUAAAAUCAGAACAUCAUAAAUUAAACAAAAGAUUACCUUUUUUUAUAAAAAAAAUAAGACAAAUACGCCAUUGACCGCGGUCAGUUUCACGUAAACAAAGCGGUCCUACCGCGGGAAGGGACUUGUUGAGCAUAAGAAUAUCGUGUGCGCGCUGCGAUGUUAUUCUUUGAUAACACGCAGUCCAGAGCAUAUAUUAUGCAUAUAUAUAAAUAAAAAUGAAAUUACAUUCUUUUGUCAUCAUUCGGAAAAAAAUUGUGAAGAAAAAACCUUGAAAUCAGACCGGUCGGUUAGUCCACAUUAAAAUGCAAACCUCAUUAACAUUAAAAUGCAAUUAUUUUUGUUUAUGUUUGAUAUUUUUAUCUUUCCGAUUUCCACAUUUUUAUUAAAUCAUUUUCUGUAUUUUUGGCACAAAAAACAUGUAUUUACAUGUGGUGCGCCAAAAAUACAUUAGAAAAUUCUUAAAACUGAAAAUUUAAUUUGAAAAUAAUCUUAAUAUACAAAUACUUAAUAUUACAAAGCAUUUUUAACCCAGGAGUGAUAGAUGACUCCUAUUUUGUCACUUUUGUUCCGUGCAAAUGAAGAAUCGCGGCAUCGACAUAAUAUAUUAUUAAUAUAAUUGAAAAAAAAAGAAAGUAUCCCAUCGAUAAACCUUCAUGUGAUCGCAGACCAACAACGUACAUAAUAACAGAUAACGUAUUUAUAAUAAAACUACUAAUAAAUCUGGCACAUUCGUAUCUCCCCGAGACCUCUUAUUCAUAAAACAAAAUCCUUAAAUUAAAAUUACAUUACAAACAUUCGUCACAUAAAAAACAACUACAAGUAGGUACAAUCAUUUCGAAUCUUUGUUCAUUUUUCUUCUUUUUGAUAAUCCACAAUAGUUUAUUAGCGAAUAAACUUAUUCACGUUCAGUCAAACCUCCAAAUGCCAUGAUUGUUUCAGAAUAGUUCCCAUCAAUUUGUGUUCGUAAGCUUAAUAUAACCAACUUGUGUCUAAAAUCUGAAUAAAACUUGUUCAAACCACGAAAACGGGUAAUUAUAACACGUUGAGGAAAACAUAACGUAGCAAGAACAAAUAAAGAUAUUUUCUCACUUCACACGUAACUCCAUAUUUAAAAAAAUAAAGAGAAUAAGAUUUGAAACAUUUUCAUCUUUAGACAUGUGUAUUCGUUGAUUCUUUUAUAUGAUGAUAUUAUUAUGAUCAAGGUCGAUUUCGCGUUUCCGUAUGUUACAUACUGGGAGCGCGGAUGUUCUCGCUAAAUACAAUAAUUAUUGUACUGACAACAAAAUAUACACGAUAUUUUAACUCGUAAAUUUCUCGCUGGAUCUUCUCAGUGGGUCGCAGUAUUGUUCUUGCUAAGGCUAGUGUUAACAAAUUCUCUCAGGUUGUGCCUGUGAGCUCACCUACCCAUCAGGGCGUAUCUAGAAUAACCCCUUAGGCUACCAGUGAAUUGGUAGGGAAGA